GCUGCGUUUGCUCUCGCCACCAAGGUCCGAGGCAGCCCUACUCACUUGUAACCUGAUGGACUCUGCUCGGUUGGAGCCAUGGAAAAACAAGCUCAUAGAGCUUCCCUCUCGGCUCUCCCUGGAAGUCGACAUCAUUUUUCCCUCUGAAGGUGAAGCUGGCCCUACCAAGUUAGCUGUAUGUCUCCAUCCUUGGUCCUGGCUCGGCGGAAGGAAGGAAGACCCGACCUUGAUGUGUCUGCAGAGAGUCUUCCUCAGAGCUGGGUACUGCGUGGUGAGAUACAACUCUCGGGGGGUGGGCAAAUCCUCAGGGUGGCCGUCUCUCACCGGCGCCAGCGAGGCCCAGGACCUGAAGGACCUUGUGCAGUGGUUGACAGGGAGGUCGCCCAAUGUAGAACAUGUGCUGAUCGCCGGGUAUUCACACGGUUCUCUCAUCGCAUCCCUGCACCCUGUGCUUCCUCCACCCAUCAAGACACACCACCUCAUUCUCUCGUAUCCGCUCGGGCCGAGAGGCUGGCUCACAGCCUUCAGGACGGGGACAUACACCAAAGCAUUAGCAACACUCGUGCAGGACCCCGCCGCGGACGUUCUUAUUGUCUACGGUACUAGAGACGAGUUUACUGGUAUCGGCAAGUAUGAUGCAUGGGCACAGACGCUCAUGCAUGAGCGGCGGGCUGUUGCUCUGAGAAUUGAACGGGUGGAAGGAGCGACGCAUUUCUGGUUCAACCAUCAACAGGAGCUGGAGAGCAUUGUGCGAAGUUGGCUGCAGUCGUAAGCUGCUCGAAGUGCCGUGCGGAAGCAUUUGUUCUCAGUUGACGUACGCUGAAGUGCCGCCCGUGGCGAUGGGCAUGUAAAUUUUUGGUUUUAUCCCCGUAUGAUGUCCUCAUCAUGAUGUCUCCGGAAGGCAACUCCUACUCAAUGCUAGGUUCUGUGUCC